AUGGACAGUUGUGUUCUUCCCACAAGGCAUAAGGGAAUAAGUCUUGUUCAGACCACUGAUUUCUUUUAUCCUCUCGUGGAUGAUCCUUACAUGCAAGGAAAGAUUGCUUGCGCGAAUGUGUUGAGUGAUUUAUACGCUAUGGGGGUUACUGAAUGUGAUAAUAUGUUAAUGUUACUUGGAGUAAGCAGUCAAAUGACACUGAAGGAAAGAGAAGUUGUGACGCCAUUAGUGAUCAAAGGUUUCAAUGAUCUGGCAUUGGAAGCUGGUACAACAGUGAACGGAGGACAGACAGUGAUUAAUCCAUGGUUCAUUACUGGUGGAGUUGCUUCCAGUGUUGUCUCCGACGACGAAUUUAUCAUGUAAGUUUGGUACAUGAAGAUCAAUAUUGAGUAACGAGGCAAAACCUACUGUCCAAUUGGGAUUUUAUUCAAAUUUAUAAUCUUUUGACAAUAAAACCAUCACGUACCUCUUUUGCUCGUCAUCUUGUCUAUGAUUAUCUCAUUUCUUGGGCCAGUCCUGAAUUAUUUAGACAAGUCUUGGGUUUACGAGUUUCUAAUACAAUACAAAAUUUUAUUGACUUUUCUCCAUAGGGAGAGAUCGCUGAAAUAUGAUCCAAAGAGGGGGAUGCAACGUUUUGUCAAGAGAUUUUGGAAAAAUGUCUUUUUUGGCCUAUUAAAUUGUUAAGAUUGGAAAUUUAAUUCAAUGAGCUCCUGAUUGUCAAAUAGAUUCUCCUUGUCAGUAUCAUGGGAAAUGUAAAGACAACAAUGAUGAGAAUAUGGACACUAAUAUUAGGGUGUAAAGGGUUAAUUCAUCUUCCUGUCAUCUUCAGUUUAUCAAAUUUGCUGAAUUAAAUACAACCAGCCUUGAAGAAUAAAUUAACCAACAAAUUGUUGAUUUACUUUAUGUUAAGGCCAGAAAGUGCAGUGGCUGGUGAUGUUUUGGUCCUUACUAAACCUCUUGGAACUCAGAUUGCUGUCAAUGCACACCAGUGGUUGGAGGAUAUUGAUGUGAGUCUCUCCCUUCAUAAAAAUGAUUUACUGAAAAUUUUAUUGUUGUGUAUAAACUACUUUCUGGGAUGAAAUAACUGAUUUGUUGUACAGGCUAUCAGAGAGACUGGAUAACUCUCUCCAAGAUGUCUUCUUUUUUUUCUUUUUCUCUUUUGAGACCAGUUUUACUCUAAAUGUAAGGUGCUAACUUGAAGUCUAACUUUGACAUCUCAACAGCCCAAAUUUUGGAACAAGAUCAAGGAUGUUGUUACACCUGCAGAAGUAGAAAAAAGCUACGAGAAUGCUGUGGAAUCAAUGUCUAGGUUGAACCGGAAUGCUGCUCGCAUGAUGCACAAGUAUGAUGCCCAUGGUGCUACAGAUGUUACUGGAUUUGGAAUUCUUGGACAUGCAAAUAAUUUGGCAAAAAACCAGAAAGGCGAGGUGUCAUUUAAAAUACACACACUUCCCAUCUUGACCAACAUGGUGAAGAUUUUUAAGGCUGCUGGUAUUAAUUUCAAAUUACUGGAUGGAUUUUCAGCUGAAACUUCUGGUAAGUCAUAACUGAACAUGAUGUAGCUUUCCAAUCAAAGCGGUACUGGCUAACUCUACUGUUUUGGAAUGCUUUUAUUUUGUUAUAUAGUAAAGAUUACGGCUAAGUUUUAUGUAGUUUAUUUCUAAAAUUUGACAGUUAAAAAACGUGCUGUCUUAGAAAUACAUGCAAUAUAACUUUUGCCUCAAAGGACAAUCUGGCAGCAAAAUAGAGAUGGGAUCCUGGUCUAAUUGUGUGGGCAGUUCAUCCAGUAUUUUCUUUAACUUACAUUUCUGACACAUCCAUUUCAUAAGUAAUCAUUUAGUAAUGAAUUAUGACACACUUUUUUUUUUUUUUUUAUGGGAAAGAGCUUGAUGGUAGCUAACCACUUAUAUUUCCCAAGCAACAAAAAUACAAAUAUGUUUUCAUUAGCCUUGGUAUUCUAAAAAUUUCUUAAUGAUUUCUAAUUUUAGAGAUGUUUCACAACCAUAAGGGAGUGAAUAACCAUGUAUUCUAUUUUGUCACACCAUGUUUAAUAGAUUGAAAGUUGUGACUUUUAAAUACCCACACCACUUUGUAUUUUUGUUAUUUCUAGUGAUGCUCCUUCCUUCUUUUCAAUUUCCAGCUAAGCAAAAUCAAUUUCUUUAAGUGAGAGAAGGCCUAGAACAUUUAUUGCAACCUCUACUUUUGCUUUUCCAUCUCUUGCUAAUGCACAGCAUAGGUGCUAAGGUUGUCUUAAUACUACAGGAUAGGUGUUGUUGCUACAGAUGGGGCAAAUAAUUAUUGUGUUGUGAUUGGUUUGAGGAAAAAAAUUGAAAGAUGAAUAUGGCAAUCAUGACCAUCUAUAUUGCGCUAUUUUGCAUCUUGCCGCUGCAGCUAUUUAUCACUGGCUUACACAAGAUGGAGACUGAAGGAACGAAAGUAAACAUGGGUUCUCUGAUGAAUUCUACCUAAGAUAUUGCUGCUUUUCACAAAUAAAUUAGUGCAGCUUCAUGGUGUCAUGCUAUUGCAACAGCAUAAUCUCUGGGAAGAUUUAUUCUUUUGAUCUGAAACUUGGCAAACCAAAACUAAUUACAAUGAGGAAAAUCUACAGCACAGUCUGCCAUGCUCUGCCACAAAUUUACUAAAUGAGAGGGUAUUGGAUCUCAACCUUUUUUUGAUUUUUUGAGGAUGAAAUUGUUGAAAUAAAAUAGUAUUUGGCAGACUACACUAAAAAUCUUUCCAAGUUGUUGCAACAAAUCUGUCCUAAAAUGUUUUAUACUCAAAAUUGUUGAAAAUUCACCAAGUUAGCUUCCAGUACCACCUUAACCCUUUAAUUCCCAUGAGUGACUAAGACAGAAUUUCCCAUUACAAUAUCAAUACAGUAGCAACCAGAUAAGUGAUGAGAAUAAGAAAAAUAUCAAUUUGGGGAUAAUUAGUUGAUCCAAUGCUAAGUUUUCUGCACUAGCAUUGUUAGAAUUGUAUGGUUGACAGUGAGGAGAAUUACCAAUUUGAUCUGGGAGUUAAAGGGUUAAACUGUGUUGGCAUUAUUUGCUAACAACAUGCCAUAUAGGUUGCCUAUUGAGCCCAAGUGUGCUUGUCAUAGGUAUUCUCAUUGGCAGUUACAUUUUCUUUCAAUAACCGAUUGAUUCAUUUUUACUUUUUGUGAAUUUCAUGAGUAGCAGAAAUAUGGACAGAGAUAUAGAGGAUAUUGCAUGAUGGCACAGAGACACGAAAUUUCUCUUUUAAUGUUUGAAAAUAUCACAAAACAUGUGAAGAUAACAUGUUAUCUUCAUGUAUGAAGAUAUCAUGUUUCAGACAAAGGAUCACUUGGUAUUUCAUUGGUGUUUUUUUUAAUAGAGAGAGGAUAUUACAUGGCAGCACAGAGGUAAGAAAUUUCUCUUCAAGUGUUGAAAAAUAUUUCAUAAGUGAGCAAAGAAAACAAGAGAAAUAUCUUUCAACACAAGAUGAAAAAUUGUCGUACCUCCAAGCAGCCAUAAAAUGUUCAGUUUAUUAUAUUAACACCAAUGAAAUACUAAUUUAUUUCAAAAGGUGUGAUUUUCAUAUGUGACCAUAGCAAAAGUGAUCUUUUCAGGUGUGAAGACAGCAUUUAUCUUCACAUGUGAAGAUAUCACGUUUUUGAGCAAAAACUUACUUGGUAUUUCAUUGGUGUUUAAAUGAUAAAAAUGCUUUUGUCAGCUCAUAACAAUGGUGUGUAGGGUUAUUAUGGCAAGAUAUACCUUAGAAUGUUUGCAGUUCCUCCUCUUUUUCAAAGUAUGUUGCAUAAGGGAAAAAAAAGUGAAAAAAAGUUGAUGUUAGUGGCCUGCAUAGAACCCUAGGAGUGAGACUGAUUUUUUUUCUUUUAAAAUGAGGGACUGCCUGUAGACUAAAUAUAGACAUCUAAAACAUUAUUUAAGGUUUUUAACAUUACUUGUUUUGAUUCUAAGGUGGUCUUCUUGUUUGUCUGCCACAUGACAAAGCCCAGAGUUACUGUGAUGAGCUUGAAGCUUUAGAUGGAAAACCAUCCUGGAUUAUUGGUGAAGUGGUGAAUGGAAACAGACAGGCCAAGUUGGAGACAGAUCUUAAGAUUAUUGAAGUUUAGGAGUUGGUCGCCAGUUAUACUAAAUAAAAAAUAAAUUUAAUAAUUAUGUAUGAUAGAUAACUACUUGUUUUGAAGGUUAGAACCCCUACUCCAUGCCGUAAUGUCUUAUUAUUCAAAGAAGUAUGGCUUUGUUAUUUUCAAUUGAAUUCAAACUGUUUAGUUUGAUUUUUGCAAUAAUAGAUGCCAUCCUUGAUGUCAUAUAUGAAGUUCUUUGGGUAAAAAGUGAAUCCUGAAGAAUGGAUGCUUCAGAUAUCACAGGAGAUCUGCAACAAAGAUGGUAAUUAGUAAUUUUGCUUUCUCUGCUGAGCCUAUUGCAUGAUGCUUGUUGGGCUCAAAUUUCCCAAGUCACUGUCUUGAAUGGUUCAUAUUUGUGGUACUAAGUAUUAGCUUGACUCUUUAUUCCUUCAGUGAAUUCAUGGUGUUUAAUUUGUGUGUGAAAAUUUAAGUGCUCUAGUUGUUAUCUUGUAUGAAGCUUUAAGGUAAAGAUUGUAACCUAAAGAGCUGAUGUUAUAGAUAUAACGCAAGGCCAGUAUGAUUUCUUGAGAGUUUCAUGUGAGUUCCAAUGUAAGUUAAAUUAUCAUUUGAACCCAUUAAAAACUGAGUGCAAUAG